UUUAUAAUAUUAUGGCUCUUUAUUUUGACCGGGCAUUAAACACACCAUCUGGAAAUGUAACUGUUCAUUCGGCUUGGCAGAAAGUAUCAGGUCAUUUUGCAGUAUGUUCUGCAUCUCCUGGGGCCGGUGCUGGCUUCGUGGAUAUAUUCAAUGCAGAGGGAGAAAAGAAAACAUCAAAAGAGCACGCAAUUCAAAGAUCGUGUCAACCAACUAUAUGUUCCUGGCAUCCAAUUAAAAAUAUACUUGCAGUUGGUUGGGAAAAUGGUGAACUUGUGAUUUAUAAUGGACACAAUGAUGAGACGCAUGAAGUACCUACACUGCAUACUCAAGCUAUCACUUCAAUAUGCUGGUCAACUAAUGGUUCAAGACUGGCAUCUGGUGACAAGGUUGGUGUAGCAGCUGUGUGGCGAGCUGAUGAUCGUGGAAGAAUUCAACACAAUCCUGUUUGUAGGUUUGAAAUUGGAGCUGAAGUCACUCAAUGUAUAACACCAACAUCAUCUAGCAAUGAAAACAUCAUGAGUAGCAAAAUUGCAAGUCUUGCUCGUGCGGCUGUAAGUGGUGAUGAGAAAGCACUCGACCUUUUUGCAACUUUGGAUACGAAGAAAGGUUCAAAACUACAAAUGCCAAGUGUUGCCGACGGACUUUCUUUUUACUUUGGAGCAAAAAAUGGUGAAAUUUUUUAUAUCGACGGGAAAGGACAUGAACACCAAUGCAUGAAAAUGGAAAAUUCUGUUCAUAAACUCAUGUAUUUCAGUGCAAAAGAAGCACUCGUCUCUAUUUCAUCAGACCUACAGGUUGUUUUGAGUCGAGUUCACGGUGAUGGCAAAACGGAAGAAUUGUAUCGAGCAAAACUUAGUGGUCAGGGAACCAAAUCAGACAUGACUUGGGCUAGUGAAGGACUACUCGCUUCUGCCACAUCUGACCAUUCAUUGAGAAUGUGGAAUUUAAACUCUGAUGAUAAUUAUACUUUAUCGUUGGAUACUGCCCUUGGUUUUGACUCUGACGAACGUAUUACUUCUGUGGCAUAUUCCGAUCAAAAACGUAUUCUGGCAGCUAGUACCAACAAAUGUAAAAUAGCAAUGUGGAAUUUUUCUCCAAUGUUUGAUUCCAAAACAAUACAGGAUGCCGAAAGUCAAUGGCUUCUACAGCAAGCUACAACAAUUGAAACAGAAGCAUUACAUAUUGAGUGGUGCAACAGGAAAGCUGUGUUAGCUGUAAACCACGACAGAGGAGUUACUUUCUUGACAGAGCAAAGAUUAAAUUGGGCGAUAUCAAAUCGGAUUCUUGCUGUUCAAACUGCACCAAAACAAGCUUUUGUUGAAAUAAGCCCAGAGCAAUCUACACAGUCUAUGGGUGUUCCAACAUUGUCUCCAACUCGUUCAAUGGAUCAAUGGAAGAGCCCGACCCAUUCUCAAAAACCUGUUCAAACCGAACUUAACACUGAAAUAUUUUUUACUGGUAUUGCUGUCAGCAAAGAUGCUUUGGCUGUUUGGAAUGGGAGUCAAGUUGUUGUGUAUGAUGUUGUCAACAAUACAUUGAUACUAGCAGGGAAUUUUUUUAUUGAAUCUAUUGUCAAUGCUCUUCACGAUCAAAGUUUCUUCACUGUUGAAUCUGGUAAUAACAAGGAAAAUAAUAAAGUGCAAGUCAGAAAUUUUAAGGGCACAGUCAAACAAGUUCUUCAAUUUCAAGACAAAGAAGGUGAAGUCGUUCAUCUUGAUGUCUGCGGAAAUUUCUUGGUUGCUGCAACAAAUCAAGGAGUUCUGAGAAUUUAUGAUUUGAGUCGAAGGGAUGCAAAACCACACUGUAAUUCUAAAAACAUGGCUGAACUUAUUCCAUACUUUGGUUCGUUCAAAAGCAUCAAAUGCAAUAGUGCAGGAACCAGGGUUGCAAUGGUUGUAAAGCAGGAUAAUCAAGUCACCAGUCCUAAAUUAUACAUUUACAAUGUUGAGAAAGAUCGAGUUGAUUUGUUUGAUUUUGCAUCCGGAAAAAGUGGAGAUGGAGAUCUGAUGAGAUCAACAGAGGCAGAAGAAAACAGAAUACAAAAUGCAUUAGAUGUGGCAGGAAGAUAUCCAUUGUCUAUUCACUGGGACACAGAAGAACCAUGUUUGUUAGUUUGUGAAGCACAACUCUCAGAUAAUGCAAGAAGAACACCGGUACAAGCUGUUACGUCAAGCUCAUCGAUUGGAAGUGAUACACAUGAAAUACCGAUCGAACAGUUGAUAGUACUUCUGUACAGCACAACAGAUGAAGGAGUUCUCGUGCAAGAUUCUUUCAAAAAAUCGAUCGAGCAAUCUGCUAUUAUUGGUUUGCGAGUUCCCAAUUUUUAUUUUACAAAAGCUGUGAUAAGCAAAGCAGAAAAAGAACUUUCGAAGGAAAAUGGUGAAAGUGUAACUUUUAGUUCGAAACCAUUUUCUAACGUACCAAUGAGAGAUUUUGUCGGUUUGGAAGAUUGUGAUCCAACAACAAGGCGGGCAAUGUUGGAUUUUAGUUUCAAUUUGACUUUAGGAAAUAUGGAUGAAGCUUUCAAAGCUAUUAAAUUAAUAAAAAGUGAAGCAGUUUGGGAAAGUAUGGCUAAAAUGUGUGUAAAGACGAGAAGAGUUGAUGUUGCUAAAGUUUGCCUUGGAAGGAUGGGUCAUGUCAGAGGAGCUCAGGCAUUAAGACUUGCUGAUAAAGAACCAGAGGUUGAUGCAAGGAUUGCGAUGCUCGCUCUUCAACUUGGAAUGAAUGAUGAAGCUGAACGUCUGUACAGAAAAUGUCAAAGAUUCGACUUGCUGAAUGAAUUUUAUCAAGCAACUGGGAAAUGGGCAAAAGCGCUUGAAAUAGCAGAGCAAUUUGAUAGAGUGCAUUUGAGAACAACAUUUCAUAAUUAUGCAAAACAUCUUGAACAAUCUGAGGAAAUUGCUGGUGCAAUACCAAUGUUUGAAAAAGCAGGAACUCAUUCAUUUGAAGUCCCGAGAAUGUUAUUUGACGACAUCGACAUGCUGGAAACAUAUGUUCUCAAAUCAAAGAACAAGACUUUUCUUCGAUGGUGGGCCCAAUACAUGGAAUCAACAGGAGAAAUGGAGACAGCACUCAAAUAUUAUGAUCAAGCUGGCGAUAUUUUUUCUCUCGUUCGUGUUUAUUGUUAUUGCGGCAAAGUGGAAAAGGCUGCAGGAAUCGCUAACGAGACAAAGAAUCGUGCAGCGUGUUAUCAUCUUGCUCGUCAUUUUGAAAACAGUGAUGAUAUAAAACAAGCAAUACAUUUUUAUACUUGUGCUGCAACAUAUGGAAAUGCUAUCAGGAUUUGUAAAGAACAUGGAUUUGAAGACCAACUGAUGAAUCUUGCGUUAUUGAGUUCACCAACAGACAUGGUAGAAGCCGCAACGUAUUACGAGACUCGACCAGACUUGGUUGAAAAAGCUGUUCUGCUCUACCAUAAGGCCGGACAUUUCUCGAAAGCGUUGAAAUUGGCAUUUGAUACCCAGCAAUUUGGAGCUCUUGAAUCUAUCGCACAGGAUUUGGACGAACGAGCUGAUCCUGUGUUGUUGGAAAGAUGUGCAAACUUCUUCAUGGAACAUCAACAAUAUGAUAAAGCUGUCAGCCUGCUUGUUAUUGCAAAGAAGUAUCCCGAAGCUGUUGAUUUAUGUCUGCAAAACAGUGUCAAACUAGAUGAAUCGUUGGUGGAAAGAUUGACACCAGACAAAGAUAUGACGCCGUCUUCAGGAACUCGUGAACAACUUCUUAUCAAGCUGGGAGAUUGCUGUAUGAAACAAGGAUCUUAUCAUUUGGCUUGUAAGAAGUAUACUCAAGCUGGAGAUAGAGAAAAGGCGAUGAGAGCUUUGCUAAAAUCUGGUGAUACAGAGAAGAUUAUAUUUUUCGCUGGAGUAUCAAGAUCAAGAAACAUUUACGUGAUGGCUGCAAAUUAUCUUCAAUCGUUAGAUUGGAGGAAAGAUCCUGAAAUUAUGAAACAUAUCAUCAAUUAUUAUACAAAAGGAAGAGCUCUUGAUUCUUUAGCUGGGUUUUAUGAUGCUUGUGCUCAGGUUGAAAUUGAUGAAUAUCAGAAUUACGAUAAAGCUCUCGGCGCGAUGACAGAAGCAUUCAAAUGUUUAUCGAAGGCUAAAAUGGCAAACAAACAACAGCAAGAAGACAAAGUUACAGAAUUAAAAACCAGGAUUGCUCUCGUCAAGAAGUUCAUCCAAGCUAAAAGGUUGUUUGAUAGCGAUUCAUUGGAAGCUACAAAACAGUGUCAAGUUCUUCUGGCUGAAAAUGAUUUGGAUUCUGCAGUGAGAAUUGGAGAUGUUUACGGAGUUUUGAUUGAAAAUUAUGCUCAUACCCAAGAUUAUGAAAAGGCUUAUCAAAUGAUGCAAGAGAUGCAAAGACGAAUCCCAACAGUCAACAUGGCGUAUUACGUCAACAUGAGAACGAUUGAAACAGUUCAUCAGGCUCUCGGUGUUAGUCAAGGACGAAGCAACAACACAGCAGUUGUCGGAAAAACUAUCAAUUCUGGUUUUGAUAGCGACGAUGAAGAUCUCGACAAAAAUGAUAUUUCUGAGGAGAUUUAUGAUAACGGAGAUUCCAGUGUUGAUAUGUAUAGAUUUAGAUGAAUUCAGGAAUUAGAAAUAUCAGGACCGCGCAUAACAAAAAAGUUAUAGUUACGGGUAAUAAUAAAGCAUUGUAAAAAAAAUAUCAUUGAAGUUAGGGUGCAGGGUUUCAUUUUUAAUAACAAAAGAAUCCAUUUGAAUAAUUAAAACAUAGAUUUAGAUGAAUUAUUGCUCUAUAAAUCAGGGGUCGGCGAUCUUUUGUCACUCGCAGGCCAAAAUUGAGAGUUGCAAAUUUCAGUUGGCCACACAUGAUGAAUCACAUUUUUCACACAGAUCAGAAGUUGAAAUUUUAGACUUUAAAUAGCGAGCAAACACUGCGACAACGCGUGGACUCAAGUUGUCUCACUAGGCAAAAAUUUUACAAAUGACAUUUGAAUUACGGUUAUCGCUGCUUGGUUGCUAAAUUUCAGUGAAGCAACAUGUGUCGGAUUAUUUUACUCACAGCUGUAGGUUGCCGACCAUUGCUAUAAAUUAUCAAGUUCGUAGAUUAGAAGUAUCGCAAACACGUUAGAAGUAGUUUUCACUCAAUUCUGCAAACAGAAAAUCAUUUUUUAGUAGAUGUAGUAAAAUCACAACAUUGGUGGCAUAUGGAAAUUUGAAAAAGACGAAUGCACCAUUAGAGUAAAUUGUACCUAAUUAUUAGAAAAAUUUUUUGUAUUCAUAAAUUGUUAUAUUAAUGGUUUAAAAACGCAAAUUUUUUUUUGACCCGAUUAUUUAUAAGGCUCGGAUGAAGCAACACCCUAGGCAGAACAAAACUUAAAGUGCUGGGACUUCUCUGUUUAGCGUAUUACUAUUCCGAAUUCAGUACUUUUUGUGGGUUCACUCUUGACCUCCACUCGAAUCAGCAGAUUAACAGUCUUAAACUCAAGGUCCCUAACACCCAUUCAUUCCUUUAUGAAGCGCCAAUUUUAGCAAAGUCAACAUUCCUGUUUUAUUUGGCUGAUUGCUGCUAUUAGGUUUAGUGGUUAGGUGCAGAAUUCUCAUUGUUUGUAUUAACAUUAGUCUUUAUUAUUUAUAAGAAGUUAGUUGGUGUUAUUAUUUUUGUGGAACACUGUGUUGUAUAUUUUGUUUUGCACUCCACGCUUCUAUAAAAGUGUCAAACAUGUGAAAUUUUGAUAAAAAAUGUUAAUUCUUGUUCUAUUAUGGCUAUUCAGACGGAAAAACUAAUCUUAAAUUGGUAUUCCUUUAGUUACAUUGGUUUUUGAUUUAUGGCUUCAAAUUUUGUUCUGGUAGCUGAAUUUAUGUAUACUUUAGUUCUUCAUAUAUUAAUGUUUUGAUUUUAAAAUAGACCAACUUGUGACAUUGUGGUACAAAAUUCAUUUUUUUUACAACUGUAUUUUUAUAUGUAGAAAAUAUAUUUACUAAAAAUGUUGCA